CGGAAGCAUCUUGAAUGAACCAGGUGUCCCUGAAGGGGUCCGUGUUCAAUCUAAUUGGGCUGUUCUCGUUUUUCCCACGCAACCCGAGAAGGUCGAAGCAGCACCACGAGAUCACGUGCUUCCACGUGCCGGCGGUGAUUGGUUGCCCAUUAUCCGCUAGCUUGCGGUGCCUGAGCCGGAUUUCGCGUCUCGCUCCCCCGGCUUGGAGGCUGCGUCGGCCCGCACGGCGUCCACCAGCCGCCCGCCGCCACUCCCUCCUUUUGCGGAUAUGCGGAAGCGGACACCGCCGACGACUGCGGGAAGGGAGGAGCGAGACGACGUCGCCGAGGAAACAUCGCGGCCCGUGGCACCUCCGGGGCUCGAACCGACGACGCCGGCUACUGUUCCGGCCGCCGGUAUGAAGACCUUCGCCAGGAGCGGCGUCCUGUCCAAAGUGAAGCGCGCCGCCCGCUGGCUGCUGUUUAUCUACAUCUGCAUCCCCUUCAUCAUCAAGCUGUGUCCGUCCAUCCAAGCCAAACUGGUCUUCCUCAACUUCGCUAAAGUACCCCUCUUCCUUGACCUCACGCGACCGUCGGACUUUGGCCUCAACCACACGCUCAACUUCUACCUGCGGCCGCUCGACAUCGGAGUCUGGCACACGGUUCCUGCUGAGAUGUGGAGAGAAGCUGAAGGCAAAAACCGAGAAUGGUUUGAGUCCACACUAAGCUCCGCCCAUCCGGCCAUUCUGUAUCUCCAUGGAAACACUGGGACCAGAGGCGGCGACCACAGAGUUCAACUCUACAAGGUCCUCAGCUCAUUAGGCUACCACGUGGUCACGUUCGACUACAGAGGCUGGGCCGAUUCUCCGGGCUCGCCGUCGGAGGGCGGUAUGACGUCGGAUGCGCUCUUCAUGUACGAGUGGGUGAAGAAGAGGCGGGGUCGAGGUCCGCUCUACGUCUGGGGUCACUCGUUGGGCACGGGCGUCGCCACCAACUUGGUCAGACAACUGUGCGACCGAGGAAGUCCCCCCGACGCCUUGAUCCUGGAGAGUCCUUUCACCAACAUCAGAGAGGAGGCCCGCAGCCACCCCUUCGCCACGCCGUACAGAUACAUGCCGGGUUUCGAUUGGUUCUUCCUGGACGCCAUCACCGCUAACGACAUCCGCUUCGCCAACGACGACAACGUGAAUCACAUCUCCUGCCCGAUGUUGAUCCUCCACGCCGAGGAUGACCACGUGGUUCCUUUCACUCUGGGCAAGCAGCUUUACGAGGCGGCGACGCGCUCCGAGAGCCUGAGGGGUCACAAGGUGGAGUUUGCGGUCUUCCCGUCGGCGCUAGCCUACAAACACAAGUUCAUCUACAGGAGUCCCCGGCUUCCCAAAAUUCUCAGCGAGUUCCUGGGCUCUUCUCACCCCGUCAAAGAGUGAAGAGAGUGACCGAUGACAAAGACGUCGUGUUUUAAUGCCGUAAAUUAUUGGAGACUGUUACACUUGAAUGAAUAAAGUAUUUCCUCUUUUAA